AGGCAGGGGUGUUCCAAAAGUCCCCCACCUGACUUAUCUGGUCUAGCAAUACUCCCGAGACCUUGGCUAGGAUGGUUGAGGGAGAGGAAGAGGAAGAGGAGCAGACAUCGACCAAAGGCAAAGGCAAAGCGGAAGGCCGCAGCAAAGACGACAAAAAAGCCCAGCAGACGGUACCACCUUGGUACCAGAACUGCUGCUCCUUAACCGGUAUUGAGGCAGUCGACGCGGCGCACAUUAUCGACAUACUAGCUACAAUAUCUAUGGACGAGCCUCUCGAGUUUUGGAAGCCUACCGACUGGGAUGAUAUGCUCCGAGAGGCUCUCGAGCUCGGCAUCUUAAGCGAGAGGACAGAAGCCAUUUGGAGAAAAUCCCUUCUCGAGAUGGCCGGGAUUGGUAGUCUCAAGGAGAAGGAGAAGGAGGAACGUCUGUUAAUACAGCAGAGCAAGCAUGACGAUGGCCACGAGGAGCAGAAGGGGAUGCUAGAGGGAAGAGAGAAGGGAAAGCAGAAGAUGAGUAUCAGUACGGACAAGGACAAGGGCACAGACCAUGGCGAGGGGGGGACGCUUAAACUCAUGCGCAAGCUCUCCAAGCUAAGCCUUAAGGGAAGCUACCGCAGGCUCAAGGAGGCGCCGGGCAAGUUCAAGCGGUCUCGAGUUGCGUCGUUAUUCCACAAACCAAAGGAAGAGGAGCGCGUCGGAGGACAGGAGUAG